AUGGAGAGCAGUGCUGCCGAGCCCAGCGCUGCGAGCGAGCUGUCGUCGAACGUCGUCUUUGAUAGCGAGGCCAUGAGACAGCAUGGAGACGGCAGUGCCGUAGUAUCAAAUUCUAUUGACACCGUGGACGGUGAGCCCAUUGACUGGUCGAAGCACACGUACGGUGGGCGGGGCACGCUCCACGACGGCGAGCGCGUCCUCUACGACCCGAGGGGUCGCGCCGAAGCCUGCACGUUUGCAACGAUGCAGCGGCGCGCGGAGGAACAACGCCUGUGGGCGCCCGGCGGCGACGCGGCCCGAGGCCUCUUGGAACAACUGCGCGUCGAGCCCCAGGCCGCGGCCCUCGCCACCGUCCUGCCUCUUGGAAAUAGCGACCGCCGGACGAGGAAUCGGGUGGUCACCGCCUACCUGGACACGUCGUAUACCCUCGUCUGUUUUUCUGCGAAUCCGUCCCAGGAGAGGAACGACCUGAGCAUCAUCUGUCUCGCCAGAGGCGCUACCGUAGAUCUGAAACACACUCACAUGGCGUGCCUCUCCCCGGGCGAGUAUGCCUUCGCCCUCCACGACGACGUGCAAAAGGCCAUGAUGAUUCGCUGGCCGGAACUCAGGAGCCACCCCGACCCCCAGUUGCGUGCAUACGCGGCCGCGAGCCGCAAACAACGCACGUGCGCCGCCUGCGGCCAGGUCUGGCACCAGACGAUGCGGCGGUGCGCCGCGUGCAACGAGGUGGCCUACUGCUCCCCGGUCUGCCAGCGCCACCACUGGUCCCGCCACAAGGCGGCCUGCAAGCGGGCGCGCGAGCGCGAGCGACUGAAAUACGACCCGACGGUCAUAGGAUAA